AUGUUGCUUCACGGCGACCGGCGGGGCGCUUUUCCCUCGACUUAUCAGCCGCCGGAUGAUAGCCUUGCCGUCUUUUUCCAAACCGGCCUUCAGUUUAUUGGCGACCGGUUUGUUAUGAAUGAUAGCAGAUUUAUGAAUAUGAUUAAGCCUUGAUUCCGGUUCUCCUGGUCAUUGUUUGCGGUUUAACGUUCAAAGGGAAAUAUUCCUUCGGACAGGUUUUCGGAUACUUUUAGCCGAGGUUUGAUAAUUUUCAGAAAACAAAUAUACUUUUUUAUCCAGAAUCCGAUGUUCCCAUUGAAAAACAUUUUGAAUUGAAACAAAGAGUAUAACUUUUUAAAUGAAAGUCUUGAAUUCAUUUAAAAUUCGAAGGUUUUUCUAUGCUUCUCAGGUGUGGCAAAACUAUCUAAUUAUCAAACUUGUAAACUUUUCUUAUUUAAUUUCAGGAUUUUUGACUUCGAAAGUAGCAACCGAAAUCACUGAAAUAGAUCACUCUAUAUUUGAAGUUCACUGGCUCACGAGGAAUAUCAUUUUACCUUUCGUUUGGGAGCUCCCUGAGAAUUGGCCAGAACCCUUCUUGAUGUACCAAAAGAAGAUCUUGAAAGUCUCGGUGGUAUGAAAAAAACACCAGCGAAAAUUCAAACGGCGACGUUUCCGAUUUUUUCAUAUCGCUAGGGAACUUUCCGACGGCCACCUUUCCGACGAAACUUUUUCCGACUUUUUUUUCUCGAUAAACUCUUCGUUUUACAUCUUCCUAUAUAAAGUAGGUAGUUUGUUCAUGAUUAAAACACAAAGAAAUAGGUAAAAAAUGUUCAUAGAUGUUUUAUAAACCGAAAAGCAUAAGGGAAAAAAGUCGGAAAAAGUUUCGUCGGAAAGGUGGCCGUCGGAAAGUUCCCUAGCGAAAUGAAAAAAUCGGAAAAGUCGCCGUUUGAAUUUUCGCUGGUGUUUUUUUCAUACCACCAAAGUCUCAAUCUGCAAAACUUCCUAGUUUUCGAGAAAUCAGUGGUCAGGGCCCAAAAAUGGCUUAUUUUACCGCAUUUCGAGGGCUUUCUUUGACUUCGAGGGUUCCUUUUUCAAAAUCUAGGAAGUUUUUGCACUUUAGGACUUUCAGAAAGUUUAUCUGGUACGUCAAGGAGUACUCUGGCGAAUUUUAAGGGAAUUCUGAACGGCAAAGUAGAACGACCUUCCUUGUCUCAGAGGCUCGUGAGGGCUUCAAUUGCCUUUCAUUUAUUUUUUACGGUUUUGUACCAUAAUUUUUCCUGUUUUUCAACCUGCAUGUUCUUUACAUGUUAUUUUGUUCUUGCUUUUACGUUCUUUUUUUCAAGUUCACGGCUGUAUAUUAUGAGAUGAAUUUCAUAGACUUGAAUCUGAACUUAUUGCUCUUCAUUCCGUUUCCCUCGCUGUAUGCUUCGAUCUGACAUUAAUUUUAAAGGUUCUCCCGCCUCUAACAAUUCAUUUCAACGUGAAAAUGGAACAACGUUUUUUUUUUCAGGAUUCUCUUCCCUCCGAAGAUUCAAAGUUGAGCAAGAAGGGCGGCAAACGACAGUUACGAAAGUAAUGGGUGCUGGCCGUUACCCUGCGUGGGGACGCGGCAGAAACGGCGAGAGAUUUGCGAUCGCCAAUGCAAAUAACGUCGUUUGGCCGCGUGCCAACCUAGCCGAAAUUGCCACGUCCGUCCAACUCCCGUAA